CGUGUCAGCAGGAACGCAGAUUCGAAGUCGCUGAAAGAGAAGAAAGAGAGAAAUGGACAAGAAGAAGUGUUGGUUUUAUUUCUCUGCUGACUGACUUCAGUCUCAGUUAUUUUCUGAGAUAUGCGGCUGAUUUUAAUGUUGUGUAUCCUGUUGCACUUAUCAUAUUUUCUGUCUAGCUAACUAACUUUUUUUUCUUCGUCCUCUGCUGCUGAUUUGUCUGUUUUUUACCUUUAAUUAUUUUUUAUUUUUUCCUGUCAUCGAUCCAAAUCGCCACCGCGUCGGUCGUAUGCGUGCAUGCGUGCGCACACACGCGCUGGGGCUUGCGCGCAUGUGUAAGUGUGAGUGUGCGCGCGCGUGUGUAUGUGUGUGUGUGAGGUAAACGAAAAAUGAAGACGCGGAGAGAAGGAGGAGGAGGAGGGACCGAGGAGAAAGGGGCAUUUUCGCCUGUCUGAAGCUGCUUGUGCUCUUCUGCUUCGGCUGCUGCUGUGAGUGAAAAAACAGGGCGGCUGAACUCUGGAGGACUGGCGAGACAGCCCGGCUCGGUCAGUCGUGACGCGCGUUCACAAGGAGAGAGAGAGAGGGGGAUUUAAGAAGAAGGAGAGAGAGAGACGUACUGCCUCAUCGUUAUGUUUUUAUAAGGCGGGCGUGAGGAACAUACCGGAGUGACUAGGACUGAGCGCAGCGCCAGGGAAGAACGCACAGCCAGCUAACGGCUUCUCCACGUCCCCGACAGGCUGGGUGUGUGUGUGCAUGCGUGUGCAUGCAGGUGUGUGUGUGUGUGUGUGAGCUGUAGUUAAGUCAGUGCGUAUGAGUGUGUGCCACCGAGACAUCAUCAACAGCAGCAGCAGCGGCGGCAGCAGCAGCAUGUCGAACCGAAAGCACCGGGACAGCCAGGAGAUCUGUGCCCGGAAGGUGCGGGAGCUGGCGCAGAUUGGAGCCAACAAGCAGUGCUUCGAGUGCGGCCAGCCCGGGGUGACUUACAUCGACAUCACGGUGGGCUGCUUCGUCUGCACGUCAUGCUCCGGAAUGCUGAGGGGGCUGAACCCACCCCACAGAGUCAAGUCCAUAUCCAUGACAACCUUUUCCCAACAGGAAGUGGAAUUUUUGCAAAACCAUGGCAACGAGGUUGGAAAGAGGACCUGGCUCUGUACGUUUGACCGGAAGACCGACGGCUGUUUUGACACACGUGAUUCGCAGAAGUUUAAGGAAUUUCUUCAGGACAAGUAUGAGAGGAAGAAAUGGCAUUUUUCUAAGAGUAAGGUAAGGAGGGAUGUGGAGGGUCCAUGGAGUCCAGGAGUUCAGCCUGUACCUGCUCCCCAUGGCCCCGCUCAGAACCAGCCUCCCCUCGGACACCCCCUGAACCCUACAGCACGUCCCACACGCACUCUGUCGCAGUCUCAGAUAUCAUCAUGGGAUAGAGCUCCAGUUGUAUCCCCGGCUGACGUCCGUACGGAGGUGUAUACAGCUCGGCCCACUCGAUCCCAGAGCUUUAGAGACCCCCAUAUUAAAGAUUCUUUGUUAAGUGGGAUGGAAAGGCAGAGGCCAGGAACGAUUUCUCCAGCAAUGGGCCCCCAGAGUCGCCUUCCCUCUUUCCCUGCCCUUCCACGUCCUUCAGCAAGUAGCACUUUCAAAAACAGCUUCACGCUAGGUCGCACAGUGUCCUCAGGAGGUGGAGCUCCAUUCAGGGCCUUCCCUAAAUCUCUGAGUUUGGAUUUCGGGGGGCUUGCUCCAGCCCACAGUGCCCUAAACCCCCCAGCCCCACCCACUGUCUCUCAGGAUAGGUACGCUGCCGUGUCUCACCUUGACAAGGUUUUUGCCGACACCACACCUGCCACAGUCGUCUCCACAGCUCCCUCUGGUGGCCCUCCACAGUACAGCACCCUUUUUGGCAACAGGCUCUCUUCUAGCUCCACACCUGCAAGCUCUCCAGGGGUUCCAGAAGUCACUUCUGCUCCUCAGACAUUUGCAAAUUUCCCAAAUCCAUUCACUUCUACAGUCAGCAGCUCGCAGCCUGCUCUCUCCCCCAGCAACCCCUUCAACAGCACAGCUGCAGGUGAUUGCAGUACUCUCGUCUCACCAUCACCUUCAGCUGUCUUCCCCCACUCAGCCACCUUUCCUGCUCCCACCAGCCAGAAUGCUUUUUCACAUGAGCCUGCCAAUAACCAGGAAGCUAAUGGUUUCACACCCUUCCCUGCCUCUGAGUCCACCUCCAAAGUUCAGCGACCCAUGUCCGUCAACCCAUUUACUGGGAAUGUUUACCCCACCAGAGGAGCGUCACUGAACCCUUUCAUCUGAUCCCAGCACCACUCGGCCAGCGAGAAAGAGAGAGAGACAGAUCGAGAGAGAGAGAGAGUGAGAGAGAAUGUGUGUGUAUAUAUAUCUAUAUAUAAGAGAGAGAGAGAAAGAGACAGAAAGCUCUUUAGAGCUAGUGCCAUUUUCAUGCCUCCAGAGAAUUCCUCUGUCAGAUAAGGGGGGAAAUACACAUGCCUGCCCACUUUAU